AGUAGAGACCAGUGACGUUGGCCACUGCGCUACAGGCGCGCGUUCAGCACAGUUCGGAACACGUCACGUGACGGCACUGAACUGAUUGCCAAGCGCCAAAGCUGGCUGCGUUGCGGCGUGCGCAAACGGGGAAAGUGUUUAUUCGUUGGCGUGCGUUUCGUAGAUUUUUAAAGAAUUAAGUAGGAGCGGUGAAUAAUAUUGUGGAUAAUCGAAUUUUCCAAUGAAUAAAACACCGCGAAAAUCGACCACAGCGUUUUACUGUAGAUUAAUUUUUUUCAAAUCGCCGAAAUUCAAAUCGAGGAACGCGAGCGGUGAUCGGUAAUGCUAUUGGAUGAAAGAAAGUCAUUUUCAUCAUCCUUGUUCGCGAGCAUAGUUGUAUAUAUAGCUUUCCAGAGCAUGCAGCGUGGGUCGUGUGAAAAUUUUGGAUUGAAAAUAAUCCGGUGAUAAUUUGUGAUUAAUGACCGAAUAAAAAUGCCGACUGGCAUCAAAUGCUUCAAGAGGUUUUUCAAGCAUACCUGGCAUCCAGAACAGAUGGAGAACGCGAACUUCAACGCCCCGAAAUCGGCCUCCGAAAGGAACGGGGACACGGAAUUGACCGAAGUGAAGCUUUCCGUGCCGACGGCGAGCGUCGCGACGUCGACGCCGACAUCGUCAUCUCCGGCUCCAGCUCCCGAGGGAAUUCCCUGCGGCAAAGGAGGAUGCAAGACGUCCAGGAGCCGAGGCGAGCCGCGGCCCGAAAGCCCCUGGCAUCAGCUCAAGACGAUAUUCCUCGUAUCGGUCAUUAUCGCCUUAGUAAUCUGGGUUAUCGUCUACACGCUACUGACUCAGUACCAGAUCUUAUGAAUAAAAUUUUUACACAGAAGUAUAUGAAGCGUAAAGAUGAUUGGCUUGAAAAAUUGUAAUCUUCAACUGGUAACGCAAAAAAAAAAAAAAAAAAAAAAAAAAAAACAUCUAUAUAUAUUGUGCGGUUUUUCAUCGCUGUGCGGUGAAAUUGUUCAUUGAAAAUAUUAUGACUAAAAUCUGAAUGAAUUGAAGAGCAUUUACCGACUGCACUCACUCGGUCAAUCUCAAUAAUUAAUUGAGUCAUAUUUUUUAGACACUUCCAAGUGCUUCCUCUCAAUCUUUCUUGAUAAGAAAAUCAAAUUUGUUAAGAAAAUAUGCGGUUAUCUCAAGCUGAACUAUUAUUGAUUAUUAAUGGUGUUAUUUGAAGACACGAUGUUGUCUAAUUAAAUUCUGC